AUGGAUUCUGACUAUGUAAGCAAGGACGACCCCCAGAAACUCACAAACGGUGUCGAUGGUGGUGACGUUGAAAUGGAACUACUGAACGGUGAUGUUGAGUUAGGUGACUGCCGAGUCAGCAGUACACAGCCGACAGGCGAGCAUGGAAGGACUGGAAAUACGAAUAUAUCACUGACAUAUGGCAUUGACGAUAUUCCGCCAUGGUACCUCAGCAUAAUACUGGGACUGCAGCAUUAUUUAACCAUGUUUGGAGGUACCCUGUCUAUCCCACUUCUACUCUCUACACAUUUGUGUGUCGGUGACAACUACUUAGCAACCAGUCAAAUAUUGGGCACUAUAUUAUUUGUUGCCGGAAUAUCAACAUUUUUACAGUGCACAUUUGGAGUCAGGUUACCAAUACUCCAAGGCGGUACAUUUGCUCUGUUAACACCAACUAUCGCCAUAUUGUCUUUGCCUGACUGGAAAUGCCCAGAAGGUACCAACGGGACCACAGCAAUGCGAUACAAUUAUUCACUUCCACGUGGCUUGGAUUAUCAAUAUCGUGAUGAUAACUUAGAUGAUCCCAAUGAGAUAUGGAAGAUUCGAAUGAGAGAGAUCCAAGGUGCUAUUAUGGUGGCUUCAAUCUUUCAAGUAGUUUUCGGAUUUAGCGGAUUAAUAGGUAUACUGAUGCGUUUUAUUGGCCCAUUGUCAAUCGCACCCACUAUAACACUGGUUGGUCUGGCCCUCAUUGAGCCAGCGGCAUUACAUGCAAGUAAACACUGGGGAGUGGCAUUCAUGACUAUGGCUUUAAUUAUCAUAUUUUCGCAAUAUUUGCGAAAUAUCGAUGUUCCUUUACCAGGCUGGGAUAGAACAAGAGGUUGCCACUUCAAACGCAUCAAAUUCUUCAUGUUGUUCCCAGUCAUUCUCGCUAUUUCGGUAUCGUGGCUCGUAUGUUGUAUAUUAACUGCCACAGACGUCUUUCCAACCGACCCGAAACAUCCAAACUAUAAUGCAAGAACUGAUGCAAGAAUUGAAGUGUUAUACCAGGCACCCUGGAUUUGGUUUCCUUACCCUGGUCAGUGGGGCAAACCCACGGUCAGUUUUGCCGGAGUUUUUGGCAUGAUCUCCGGCGUAUUAGCGUCGAUGAUUGAAUCAGUUGGUGAUUACUACGCGUGUGCGCGACUGAGUGGAGCGCCGCCACCGCCCAUCCAUGCUAUCAACAGAGGUAUUGGGACAGAGGGAAUUUGUUGCGUUUUAGCUGGUAUAUGGGGUUCUGGGAACGGUACAACGUCUUACUCUGAAAACAUUGGUGCAAUUGGCAUCACAAAGGUUGCAAGUCGCCGUGUGUUACAGUUCUGUAGCCUUAUUCUAAUAAUAUUCGCAGUUUUUGGAAAAUUUGGUGCUCUGUUCACGACGAUACCUGAACCAGUCGUUGGUGGCGUCCUUUGUGUCAUGUUUGGAAUGAUAACAGCAGUCGGUGUGUCCAAUCUUCAAUUUGUGGACAUGAAUUCAGCUCGUAAUCUUUGCAUAUUUGGUUUCGCUACAUUCGUUGGGCUGAUGUUGCCAAUUUGGUUGGGAAAAGAAGAAAAUAGAGGCGUUAUAGACACAGGAAAUCGUGAAGUAGAUCAAAUUAUCACUGUCUUAUUAAGUACAAGUAUGUUUGUUGGUGGUUUCUUGGGUUUCGUGUUAGAUAACACGGUUCCAGGCACGAAAGAAGAGAGAGGUCUCAUCAAUUGGCAAAAACAAAUGACAGUCGGUUCCCGUGAUAUUGCACGUAACGAGGACGAUGUAUCAGUAAGAACCUACGAUUUCCCGGUCGGCAUGUCUUUCAUACGGAAAUGGAAAUGGACGCAGUACAUUCCAUUUUGUCCAACGUUCAAGUUCAGUAAACGGAGCGAUUAA